GGUCACGACGCUGCCGGGGCGGGGAUAACCCCUCACGUGGAGCAGAUGAAAGGGCCGCGGCGCGACGGCCGGGGGAGCCGAGCUGAGCCUGCGACCCACAAAGCCGCCGCCGCCGCCGCCGCGAUGGGGCUGUGAGGCGUGAGCCCGCGUUCGGUCCUCAGCCGGCCCGCGACUAUGCCCGGCCGCGCCCGCCCUCCGCGCCCUCCCGCCGCAGGACCAUGAGGCCGCGCUCGGGCAGGCGCCCAGGGGCCCCGGGCCGCCGCCGCCGCCGCCUCCGCCGCCGCCCCCGCGGCCUCCGGUGCAGCCGCCUGCCGCCGCCGCCGCCGCUGCCACUGCUGCUCGGGCUGCUGCUGGCGGCCGCGGGGCCCGGCGCGGCGCGGGCUAAGGAGACGGCGUUCGUGGAGGUGGUGCUGUUCGAGUCCAGCCCAAGCGGCGACUACACCACCUACACCACCGGCCUCACGGGCCGCUUCUCGCGGGCAGGGGCCACGCUCAGCGCCGAGGGCGAGAUCGUGCAGAUGCACCCACUGGGCCUAUGUAAUAACAAUGACGAAGAGGACUUGUAUGAAUAUGGCUGGGUAGGAGUGGUGAAGCUGGAACAGCCAGAAUUGGACCCGAAACCAUGCCUCACUGUCCUAGGCAAGGCCAAGCGAGCAGUACAGCGGGGAGCUACUGCAGUCAUCUUUGAUGUGUCUGAAAACCCAGAAGCUAUUGACCAGCUGAACCAGGGCUCUGAAGACCCGCUGAAGAGGCCGGUGGUGUAUGUGAAGGGUGCAGAUGCCAUUAAGCUGAUGAACAUCGUCAACAAGCAGAAAGUGGCUCGAGCAAGGAUCCAGCACCGCCCUCCUCGACAACCCACUGAAUACUUUGACAUGGGGAUUUUCCUGGCUUUCUUCGUCGUGGUCUCCUUGGUCUGCCUCAUCCUCCUUGUCAAAAUCAAGCUGAAGCAGCGACGCAGUCAGAAUUCCAUGAACAGGCUGGCUGUGCAGGCUCUGGAGAAGAUGGAAACCAGAAAGUUCAACUCCAAGAGCAAGGGGCGCCGGGAGGGGAGCUGCGGGGCCCUGGACACACUCAGCAGCAGCUCCACAUCUGACUGUGCCAUCUGUUUGGAGAAGUACAUUGAUGGAGAGGAGCUGCGGGUCAUCCCCUGUACUCACCGGUUUCACAGGAAGUGCGUGGACCCCUGGCUGCUGCAGCACCACACCUGCCCCCACUGUCGGCACAACAUCAUAGAACAAAAGGGAAACCCAAGCGCGGUGUGUGUGGAGACCAGCAACCUCUCACGUGGUCGGCAGCAGAGGGUGACCCUGCCGGUGCAUUACCCCGGCCGCGUGCACAGGACCAACGCCAUCCCAGCCUACCCUACGAGGACAAGCAUGGACUCCCACGGCAACCCCGUCACCUUACUGACCGUGGACCGGCACGGGGAGCAGAGCCUCUAUUCCCCGCAGACCCCCGCCUACAUCCGCAGCUACCCACCCCUCCACCUGGACCACAGCCUGGCCGCUCACCGCUGCGGCCUGGAGCACCGGGCCUACUCCCCAGCUCACCCCUUCCGCAGGCCCAAGUUGAGCGGCCGCAGCUUCUCCAAGGCAGCUUGCUUCUCCCAGUAUGAGACCAUGUACCAGCACUACUACUUCCAGGGCCUCAGCUACCCGGAGCAGGAGGGGCAGUCCCCACCUAGCCUCGCGCCCCGGGGCCCGGCCCGUGCCUUUCCUCCGAGCGGCAGUGGCAGCCUGCUCUUCCCCACCGUGGUGCACGUGGCCCCGCCCUCCCACCUGGAGAGCGGCAGCACGUCCAGCUUCAGCUGCUAUCACGGCCACCGCUCGGUGUGCAGCGGCUACCUGGCCGACUGCCCGGGCAGCGACAGCAGCAGCAGCAGCAGCUCCGGCCAGUGCCACUGUUCCUCCAGUGACUCUGUGGUAGACUGCACUGAGGUCAGCAACCAGGGCGUGUACGGGAGCUGCUCCACCUUCCGCAGCUCCCUCAGCAGCGACUAUGACCCCUUCAUCUACCGCAGCCGGAGCCCCUGUCGUGCCAGUGAGGCGGGGGGCUCGGGCAGCUCGGGCCGAGGGCCUGCCCUGUGCUUCGAGGGCUCCCCGCCCCCCGAGGAGCUCCCGGCGGUGCACAGUCGUGGUGCUGGGCGGGGCGAGCCUUGGCCAGGCCCUGCCUCUCCCUCGGGGGAUCAGGUGUCCACCUGCAGCCUGGAGAUGAACUACAGCAGCAACUCCUCCCUGGAGCACAGGGGGCCCAAUAGCUCUACCUCAGAAGUUGGGCUCGAGGCUUCUCCUGGGGCCGCCCCUGACCUCAGGAGGACCUGGAAGGGGGGCCACGAGUUGCCGUCGUGUGCCUGCUGCUGCGAGCCCCAGCCCUCCCCACCCGGGCCUAGCGCCGGAGCAGCUGGCAGCAGCACCUUGUUCCUGGGGCCCCACCUCUACGAGGGCUCUGGCCCGGCGGGUGGGGAGCCCCAGUCAGGAAGCUCCCAGGGCCUGUACGGCCUUCACCCCGACCAUUUGCCCAGGACAGAUGGGGUGAAAUACGAGGGCCUGCCCUGCUGCUUCUAUGAAGAGAAGCAGGUGGCCCGUGGGGGCGGAGGGGGCGGCGGCUGCUACACUGAGGACUACUCGGUGAGUGUGCAGUACACGCUCACCGAGGAGCCCCCGCCCGGCUGCUACCCCGGGGCCCGGGACCUGAGCCAGCGCAUCCCCAUCAUUCCGGAGGAUGUGGACUGUGACCUGGGCCUGCCCUCGGACUGCCAAGGGACCCACAGCCUCGGCUCCUGGGGUGGGACGCGGGGCCCGGACACCCCACGGCCCCACAGGGGCCUGGGAGCAACCCGGGAAGAGGAGCGGGCUCUGUGCUGCCAGGCUAGGGCCCUGCUGCGGCCUGGCUGCCCUCCGGAGGAGGCGGGUGCUGCCAGGGCCAGCUUCCCUAGUGCCCUCCAGGACACUCAGGAGUCCAGCGCCACGGCCACUGAGGCUGCAGGACCGAGAUCUCACUCAGCAGACAGCAGCAGCAGCACAGGAGCCUGAGCUCAGGAGGAACUCUUACCUGGAAACUGGGAACUGUAUGGAGACUCCAAACUGACUUCCUUCAAAAAAACAAAAACAAAAAAUUUUUUUAGCUUUGACAAACACACAAAAGUGGUAAUAAAGAGAGCCCUCCUUGUCAACCCAAAAUGUGAGCCCCCUGUGGCAAAACCACCCCCUACCCCAUUAACAAAUCAACAGACAACAUUCUCCGAGUCCUUUGCCUCUUUUGAUAACAUGUUCUGUUUUGUAAAGUGUGUGUGCUUGGGGUUCCGAGGUGUGGGAUUGAGUUCUCUGCUUUGUUUUUUUUAAGAUAAUGUAUGUACAUGUAAAAAGUUAUUUAAAUAUAUAUUUUAAAGAACCCUAACUGCCAACUUUUGCUGAAAAAGAAAAAAAAAAAAAUCACUGCUGCAUUAAAUGAACCACAUCAUGUGUAGAUACUGUUGUCUCCCUGAAGGGAGCUCAGGCCUUUGAAAAGCUCAGGGCUUCACCUGCCUUAGAAAAUGAACCAGAAACUUGAAGUAAAGCUAGUUGAUAGGGGUACGGCUCUGAGGAGCAGUGCAAAGCUGCCUCUUUCUUUCUCGUGGCAAAUCCCAAUGUACACGAUUUCAGGUCUCAGACGCCAUGCCUCUCCAGCCCACGCCUUUAGGCAGGUGAUGGCAGCAGCUAGGAACAGGGUGUACAUGAUCCGCAGCCCUGUGGAGCCAGGUCAAGCCGCUGCUAUGAAAGCUCCAGGGUGAUGGGGACGAUUCUGCCCAGUGUCCUCAAUCUGUCCCCUCAGGUCAUGGUCCCAAGUGAAAUGACAGAGUUCACAGCCCUGAUCUUGGCUGAGGUCCAGGUCAUAGUAAGGGCAUGUUCUUGGGGCCCUCGACCUGAACUCUGACCCUCGGGGCAGGGAAGAGGAGGCUGUCCGCUUUGGUUGUCCUGACUUUGGAGUCCUUUGCAAAAAUAUUUUGGGCCCCCUGCCACUGGCUGCAGAAAUGGCUCGACGGGGUGUGUGGGGACAGACACCCAGAAGGAAUGUACUUUUGUGGCCUUGGUGUCCGAUGGGGCUGGGGGAGAGUGCUCUCCACUGACCCAGCAGCACACCGAUGUGCAGUGCGCAUGCAUCUGCAUCUGUGUGGGGGCAGCCACACCCCUUGGCUGCUGCUUCCUUGGGCUGCCUUUCUGGGGGCAUGUGCCUGGACCUACGAGGUCUGCACUGAGCUCCAUUUGAAUGAUACCUUUCCUGUCCCAUUUCCCCACGGAAGCACCGCUUCAGGGUUAUUCAGUCCUCUGCCUCAUGGCUGAAAUUGCUCAUCUCGUCUGCAGAUGUCUGCUGUCCUGUCUACCUAAUGCACUAUUAUGUAUUGAUUCUCCAUGAGACACAGAGAGAGACUAUCAGAUAGUUUACACCCAAAGGGUAGGUUUUUGUAUAUUUUUCCAGCCUUUUUUAUUAAGGGGAAGGGGAGAGUUUAAAAACCCAAACCAUUGUGGUUUUAAGGUGUUUCAUUUUUAAAAGGGAGAGAGAAUCUAUUUAAAGCUAUUUCAGAUCAGGGAUUGUCAUCCUUUUUUGUCCAAUGUAUUCCUUGUUCUUUAAAAAAAUUUUUUUAGAGGAAACUAAUAUUAGUCCUUGUGUUCACUAA